GGAUAUUUAGUAAUUGAUUUUGGUUUUUCUCUUUCCCAUGUAUAUGGCCGAGGCAAAUGAGAAAGGAAAAAGGAACUCCAGUUUGUGGAAAGGCUUUCACCUUCUGCAUUCAGAACCUUUUUUCCCCCUAGGAUGAUCAGGACAUCAUUAACAGUAAUUAGUGGACAAUGGAUAUCAGGCGGCAUUAUGCGUUUGGGACUGUUAAACAAGCCGGGAACACAUCAAUUGUAUGCCAAAACCCAAAUAAGAGUGCCCCUAAAGGGAUAUGGCUGGGUUAUGAGAGCCCUUUACAGUACACCGCCCCUCUCUUCAUGACCCAGCUCACCCUUGUUUCCUUAGCAUGUUUGCUCAUUAUGUACGCCCUCCGCCCUAUGCGUCAACCCUCUAUUGUUCCCCAAGUCCUCAGUGGCAUACUUUUGGGUCCAUCAAUCUUGGGACAAUUUGAGUUCUUCCAGCAAACGUUUUUCCCAAGGAGGAGCCUCAUGAUAUUUGAGACGAUCGCCGGAUUCGGAGUUGUGAUCUUCCUCUUCGGAGUUGGGGUGGAGAUGGAGACCAAACGGAUGUUCAGACCGACCCGAACCGCUGCAGCCUUAGGCAUUCUUGUGAUAGUGGGUUCUUGUUCAUUCAUGAUCCCCCUAUCCAUAUUGUUGACUCGUUUUGUCCAAAUGGAUCCCAGCCUAAAAAUCACCCUCCCCUUCAUAGCAGCGUCCCAAUGCACGUCCGCAUUUCCCAGUGUCUGCCCUUUCCUCAAAGACCGCAAAAUCAUCAACACGGAUCCGGGUCGGAUUGCCAUAUCUGUGUCCCUGUUUUCUGAGGUUCUUGGGAUGACAUUGGCCAUACUGAACUACUCCUUCCAACCACUUUUACAGAACCGGGUCGGCCACCCAUUUUUGAACUCCAUCGGGGGACUCUUGUGUGUACUCUCUUUUAUCUUUGUCUUGGUCUUUGCGAUUCGCCCUAUAAUUGUAAGGCUUCUGAUCCGCCUUCCACAAGGGAAGCCAGUAGGGGAGUCUUGUGUGAUGUGUUUUUUCAUAUUUUUCCUAGUGUGCGGGUUGUUCACUGAGGCUAUCGGUCAGCAUUUCGCUGUCGGAGCAUUGUCGGCAGGCAUAGUCAUCCCUCCGGGUCCACCCCUGGGUGCAACCAUAAUAAAGAGGUUGGAGUAUCCCAUUGCAAUGUUCUCCUACCCGACGUUUCUAGCUGCCAGCGGACUGAAAACGAACAUUUUCUUUAUCCAGCCUAGGACCUUGUUGGUUGUAUCUAUUGUGGUGGCUUUCGCAGCCUUAUGUAAGGUUGUUAUAGUGAUGGUCAUGGGUAGGUUCAUGGCUAUAAACAUUACAGAUUCGGUUAUCAUUGGCCUUAUGCUAAACGCAAAAGGACCGACUGAGCUUAUCCUAUUCAACCUCUGGAAGGACAUUAAGGUUCUCAACGAUGAGGAAUUCGCCGUAGCCGUGGCGGUCUGUGUGGUGGGAGUCAUGGUGGUGCAAACACCGUUGAUAUGGUUGUUGCUGAAAUCUGUGAGCCAGAGAACUCCUUUCAAGAGGAGAACAAUACAACACCUCAAAAGGGACAUGGAGCUAAGGAUACUAGUAGCCAUCCAAGAUCAAGAAAUUGUUCCUUCCAUCGUGAACAUCCUAGAAGCUUCUAAUGCGUCCCAUGAGAGUCCGAUUGCCGUCAUAGCUCUCAUCCUCGUUGAACUCGUAGGACAGGCAGCUCCGAUCCUCAUCGCCCACCAAUCAUCCCACCGGAAUCUCCAUGUGGACACUUCCUCCUCCACACAGAUCAUUAAUGCCCUGAGACAGUACGAGUUUAGCAACGAGUCCAACGUGACCGUCCAGCCCUACACGGCCGUGUCACAUCCGGAUAUCAUGCAUGAUGAUAUUUGUAGGCUGGCAGUUGACCAAAAUGCCACAGUUUUGAUCCUCCCGUUUCAUAAGCGUUGGGCAAUAGACGGGUCUAUCGGAACAGUAAACAGGGCUGUGCAACAUAUGAACUGCAAGGUCAUGGAAAAGGCCCCUUGCACUGUUGCAAUCCUGGUGGAUAGAGGAAUUUUAACCGGUUCCUUGACCAUUAUAAACAACCAAUCCAUGUACAAUGUGGCAAUGAUCUACAUUGGCGGCACUGAUGAUGCAGAGGCGUUAUGCUAUGGUGCACGAAUGGCCAGGCACAAUAAUGUGAAUCUGACCGUUCUCCGGUUUCUCUUAUUCGGGAAUGAUAAUGCCCGGGAGAGAAGAUUUGACAACGACAUUAUAGAAGCUGCUCGUUAUGCUAACAUUGGGAACCAGCACUUUAAGUACCACGAACAUGUGGUCAGGGAUGGGGAAGGAUUCGUGGCUUCGCUUAGGAGCAUGGAGGAUGUCUUUGAUUUGUUGUUGGUGGGGAGGUCCCACCAGGAUUCUCCACUGUUAGAGGGGAUUGGGGCAUGGAUGGAAUGCCCAGAGCUCGGGGCGGUCGGGGACUUUUUGGCAUCAUCAGAUUUCAGUAGCACUGCAUCA